UUUUGUGUGGGGGGAAAAACAAGCCUGUAUUAACAUUUACCCGCCGUUGGAGGGCGCUCGAGCCCGCAAACACCUGUAAUGACAAGUUACAUUAGCGGGCACAUUCAGUCCAGUUUGUAUUAAACUCGCUCAAGCUUAAAGCUUAAACGAUUAAACCUCUUGCUCUGACGUUUUUUUUUGGUUUUGUUUUCUUACGAAAAUGUUACAUACGGUAUUUAAAUUGUACUGAGGCAAAACUGUGAGCUGUAAGCUCGAAGAGCCGCCGGGUGUGGGGCUGAAACUAAAUUGCAAGGAAGUAACUUUUCAGCGCUCCCCUGACGACAAGCACCAGAGGAGGACGUCACACGAAUCCUUCAAACUUCUUCGAUUUACUUCCCAUUUCUUUUAAAAAGGGAACGUUGGCGCCAUCGAACUGCUCCCAAGUUGGGUCUUCGUCAUUUAAAAGUGGAUUUGAAUGUUUUUUUCCGCCUUCCUCCACUGGUAAACGCAGGUGAAGAUCGUUGCAUUUUUCCCCACCUGACGUCGUGUCAUUGGGCUUUAUUUAUUUUUUUUACAAGCAGUUUAACAAACGACUCCUCAACAGAAGAAGUGCUUUCUCAAGAUGAGAUUAGUGUUUUCUCUUAAAGUAUGAGUACUUCCGAUGGAGAGGCUCGUGUUGUGCAGAUCUACCAGAGACUGUCCCAGGAUGGGGCCACUCACUGCACACUGCGGGUGGGCGCUGGAGACACGGCCGCAGCGGUGGUCUCCAACGCCGUGGUCACUCUGGGACUAGAUGCCGGCCGGCGGUAUAGCCUGCUGGAGGUGAGGGCCCGGAAUGAUGAGGAACGCCGGCUGCAUUUCGAUGAGUUCCCCCUGGAGAGGGUCCUGUUGUGGCCCCCAGAGGCCCAAAAGUGGCACCCGCAGAGCUUUGGGUACUAUUUCACUCUGGAGGAGGCCUCUAAGAUGCCCGCAGAGGAGUACGACGACCUUUGCAGCCUCCCCACAGUGACUGAGGAUGCCAUCGUGGAGGCUUUACGCCGGCGUUUCUUCAAGCACAAAAUUUACACCUAUGCUAGCAACAUCUUGGUCGCACUUAACCCCAACAAGUUCCUGCCAGCGUAUUACAACCCAAAGUAUGUCAAGUUGUAUGAGAACCAGCCGCUCGGCAAGCUCAGCCCGCACAUAUUUGCCAUGGCCGACCUGGCUUACCGGGCCAUGCUAAACUGCAAGGUGGACCAGUGCUUGGUGAUGUCCGGUGAGAGUGGCUCGGGCAAGACCGAGAGUAGCAGCUAUCUGGUCCACUGCCUGACGGCACUCAGCCAGCAGACGUAUUGCAGUGGCAUGGAGCGUGCCAUCCUUGGGGCCAGCCCUGUGCUGCAGGCUUUUGGCAAUGCAAAGACUGUCGCAAACAACAACUCCAGUCGCUUCGGGAAGUUCGUCCAGCUCAACUACCUGGAGAGUGGCGUCAUCCGAGGGGGAGUUAUCAAGAAGUACUUACUUGAAAAGUGCCGGCUGGUUCACAGAGAUAAACGGGAGAGGAACUUCCACGUCUUCUAUUACCUGCUGGCGGGAGCGUCUCAAGAUGAGCGGGAGGAGUUUGGUCUGUUGGCUCCUCAAGAUUAUCUCUACCUCAAGCAGGAAGACCUCCGCUUGGAUGAUAGCCAGAACCUCACGCAGGAGUACAAGAGGCUGCAUCAAGCCAUGGAGAUGGUCGGGUUCCUGCCCUCCACUAAGAAACACAUAUUCGCCACACUCUCGGCCAUCUUGCUUUUGGGCAACGUGACCUUCACUCUGUCGGAGUAUAACGAAGCUUUGGAGGUGGGGCCGGCUGGCAUUUUGUCCACCUUGUCAGACCUCCUCAAGGUUAAAAAGCAGCUGCUGGUAAAGACUUUAACUGAGAGGAGAAUUUUGCAUGGCGAUGACAGGGUGUUUUCACACUACACUCUACCGGAGGCCCUGGCGACACGGGACUCCAUGGCAAAGUAUUUGUACGGCUCUCUGUUUGACUGGAUCGUCCUUCACAUCAACCAUGCUAUGCUCAACAAGCGGGAGAUGGAGGAGUCCAUUUCUUGCUUGUCCAUCGGGGUGCUGGAUCUGUUUGGCCUGGAAAACCUACACACAAACAGUUUUGAGCAGCUGUGCAUCAACUACAGCAACGAGAAGCUCCAAUGUUACAUAAACCGGCAAAUCUUCACAAUUCAGCAAGAAGAUUAUGAGGCCGAGGGCAUCAGUUGGCAAGCCUUUGAGUACAGUGACAACAGCGAGUGUAUUCAUCUUAUCUGUGGAGGCCUCUUCAACGUGUUGGACCAGGAGAGCAACCUGGCUCAAGCGACAGAUGAAGCGCUGUUGGACAAGUUAACGCUGCAGCUCAAGGACAACCCUCUCUUCGCAGCCUCCGUUGAUCGCCAUUCGUCAUUUGUUAUUCGGCACUAUGCUGCCAGUGUUUCAUAUUGCAUCAAGGGCUUCUUAGAGAAAAACACAGAUCGUGCGAAGCCUGAAGUCGUAUCUCUUCUCCGUGGCAGCGAGCGGGCAUUCCUACAUCACUUGGUGGCGUCCAGCCCCGAGGCCGUGUUCCGUUGGGCCAUCCUCCGAGCCGUCUUCCGCAUCCUGGCGGUAUUCAAGAGCUUGAGACGCAAGCACGCGGAGAAAAUGGCCGCCAGACAGUCCUCCCGAAAAUCCCUCAAAGACAUGAAACACAGCAGCGGCCGCUUGGACAGACUUUCCAGUAACAGCGCUACGCUGGACUUCUCCUUCGAUCGCUCUGACGAACAUCCCCUUGACGUCUUUGAGGACAUCUUUACCAACUUUGAAAAAAGGAAGAAAACGAGAGCCGGUCGACGGAAGCAACUUAUUCCAAAGAAUCUUAUGAAUUUACGCUCACUCCAGCAAGUUGUGGGUCUCGUGGCGCACAAUCACAAUCGUAAACUCGCCCGUCGGCCUGCGACUGCGACCGUUUGCGCUCAGUUUCAGGCAUCACUCACAAAGCUGAUGGACACAGUGGGAAAAGCCAGCCCUUUCUUUAUUUUCUGCUUGCGCUCCAAUGCGGAAAAGAAAGAAUUUCACUUGGACGAUGAGCUUGUGCGCCAGCAAAUCCGCUACACAGGCCUCUCGGAGAUGAUUCAAGUCCAGAAAUCUGGCUACAAUGCCAAAUACACUUUUAAGGAAUUUGUUGAAAAAUUCCGAAUGUUACUUCCAAAAGAGGCCACCGGGUCCCCGGAACACAUCACAAAGCUCCUCAUCAGCAUGGACUUGGAUCGGAGCACGUACCAAAUAGGAAAAACCAAAGUGUUCCUUAAAGAAAAGGAGAGGCAGCUGCUGCAGGACACCCUGAACAAGGAAGUGAGGCGUCACAUCGUCGUCCUGCAACGCUGGUUCCGCGCAUGUCUGAUAAGGAUGCAUUUCCUGCAGAAGAGAGAUGCCUCACUCAUCAUACAGAGGAAUUGGCGUGAGUUUCACGAGAACCGAAGUAAAGCUGCCUCAGUGAUCCAGACGGCGUGGCGGACUUCACUCAAGAGGUCGCAGAAAGAGCACAAAACAAGCGGUGAAGAGAAUUCAACAGAAGGUCCAACCGCCAGAACUAACCGAUCAAGAAAAGGACUACGUCGGCAGCAAAAAGUGGAGGUGAGCCCUAACAGAAGUGAGCAGGCUGACACUGUCGCGGGUCAGUCCACUGCGAGCAGGGAGAGACGAGAGGCUCACGGUUCUGCGCCACCCCUCAACCGGCCCCUGUCCCUGCCUUUGGACCCCAGAGUGGGUCGCGAUGGCACGACUGGUACCGCUGACUCCCCUAAGAGCAGCUCCCUCCAGCGCUACAAAGACGCAGGCGACUUUAAGGAGAAGGCCGAGAGGUGGCGGGAGAGAAUGAGCGACGAAUCCAGUCCGGAGGUGAACAGGCGGCAAGGCAAAUGCAGAGACGACUUCCGUGUCAAGGGGAAGUCCAUGUCCGCUGAUGAACUGUCCAGGAUCAGCUCAUCUGGCUCCGACAGCUCGCCAUCCGCUUGCGAGGUCAGGGUGCGCUUGCGCAAAACUCCCAAGCGCAAGCGCCGCUUAGCCUACGCUCGCAGCGGCUUGAUGAUUAACUUUGCCGGCUCCAAGGAGAGCGAGUACUGGAGCUUUCCACUCCCCCCCUUCAGCCCACGCACGUCCACCCUGAGGACUUCAGCCAGUAGUGUGGAUGUCCGUGCCCUCAAAUCUCAGGUCAAGAUGCCCACAGAGACAGACGGGUCCAGGUACAGUCUUCCUGCCAGGAGCCCCAAUGAGGACUCGGGAUUACAGCGAACCAACCAAUCGCAACUCACCACACCUGAGAAAAUUUGGUUUCUUAGUAGAUUCCUGCGCAAGCGGGCGCCUAAGGUGUCCGCCAACAACGACACUCCCUCGGAAGAUAAAGCUGUGACCUUGCCCAGCUACAAGCCCCACUCCUACAAGAUGACCGAGCAGAACUCCGGGCGUUUGGUUCGCAACCCAACCAUUAAAAUCAGCCGGGCCACACGGGCCCUGCGGUGGAACGUCUCACUGGACCGUGAGAUCCAAGACCCCAAAGAGCUGCGCAACCUGGACGAAUUUCUCGGCAACCAAGUGAAUGACUUGCGAACACGAAUCAAAGAGCUGUCACCAACAGAGAGCAUCUUUCUCACGGCCACCAUGCAGUUCCGAGAGACCAUUAAAGGCAUGUUCUCUCUGAAGAAGCCACAGAUCGGCUACAAAGAUCUAAUGAAAGGCUACCAAAACAAAGUCAGCUCUCUUGCCGGCUCGAAGAAUAAGAGCGAGGUGUCGCUCGUGGUCAACUUGUUUCAGUCCAUGCUGGAUGGCUUCAUAAGGGGCGAGAUCAAGAGGAUGGACUCGGAGCCGGUCAAGGCUGCCAAGACGACAAAGAAGAGAAGGAAAAAGGACAAAUGUCCUGAUGGUCCACUUGAUCACCGCUUCAGCACCUACCAAGUGAACAUCAUGCAGUCAUGUGACCUGUGCGGCUCCUACAUCUGGGGAAUGGAGAAAGCUUAUAUGUGCAGCGCCUGCAAGUUAAUAUGUCACAAGAAAUGCUUGACCAAAAUCAUCACUGACUGCUCAACACGCUGUGCCCGGCAGGAUGAUGGCGUACCAGGUGGCCUUCACUUCGGGGUCCACGUUUGCGUCCUGACCAGCAAGGCCAACCCCGUGCCCAAGGUGGUGGAGCUGCUGCUGAUGCACGUGGAGAUGAACGGCCUCUACACCGAGGGCAUCUAUCGCAAGUCGGGCUCCGCGUGCCGUGCCCGGGAACUCCAUCAAAUCAUGGAGAUGAAUCCCGAGGCGGCCAAUCUGGAGAACUACCCCAUCCACACCAUCACGGGCCUGGUGAAACGUUGGCUCAGAGAGCUUCCUGACCCACUCAUGACUUUCUCUCUCUACGGUGACUUCCUGCAUGCUGUGGAGUUUCCAGAGAGGGCUGAGAGAAUACGGGCAGUGUACCAAAAGGUGGAUGAACUUCCCCUCGCCAAUUACAACACGUUGGAGCGGCUCAUCUUCCACCUUGUCCGGGUAGCCAAUGAGGAAAAUUACAACAAGAUGACGCCGAGCUCCCUCGCCAUCGUCUUCGCCCCAUGCAUCCUGCGCUCCCCCAAUUCCGACGACCCCUUCCUCGGCAUGAGGGAUGUGGCCAAGACCACCACGUGCGUGGAAAUCCUCAUCUCGGAGCAGUUCAGGCGCUACAAGGAGAAGCUGCAGAACAUCCAGGAGCUGGAGUAUGCCGAGGCUUUGGCUGUCAAUCAACUCAAACUGAAGAGACAAAACACGAUUGUGGAAAAACCAUCUGAACUGGAAAUUCCCGACCAAACUGAUUCAGAUGAGCGGACUCUCAUUGAAAGAAUCAAGUCCAUCAAGCAGGAAAAGUUGGACCUGGCCUGCAGGUUACCCGAUCUGGAGAAGGAGAACUCGGACAAUGAGAUCCUGGACUCGUCGUCGUCCAUGAGCACGGAGAGUCUGGACGAACGCCUCGGCAGUCUGGACUCGGAGGCAAAGGCAAGCAUGCCGCCGGCAGUGGACUCAACGGGCCAAGUCAGACACGUGCCAGAGGACGUCAUCAAGCCCGAGUGCUUCGCCGCGUCCAACUCUCCCACCGUGGAUGACAAACAAGCGUUGAGCGGGAGCUUUGACAACCUGGAAAUUCCUUAUAUUGAUGAAGAGGAGAGGGAGGAGGAAGACGCGACAGCCAGUUAACACCACCCUUGUUGUGGUGUGCACUUUUGUCUGCCAGUGCUGCUAUGGAAACACUGAUAAACAAUACAACGUUUGUCGUCACAAUAUUUCACUUUUAAGGUAGCAAACCUAUGUCCCGGUGUCCAUAUGCAACACCGCCAGAGCAUCUGAUGCAAUCCGCCAUGCCGUUCUGAAAAGACACAAACAUUUGAUCCACAAAUUAAUAAACAUUUGCAUGUAUUGUUUUUCAUCAAUUUUAGCAUGCCCGUCAGACAACAUCAACUCCCGUUUGAGACCGACCCGAUCUAUUGUCAUCUUAGUUUUGUCAAGGUACUAAAUAUGGAUUACAUCCCCAAGGAUGAUAUAUGGA